AUGCGAUCUCAUGAGGCGCCUGCGCACUCAGAGCCUCACCACUAUUGCAGGGGCAGUAACCUUGGAGGUCGUUGCCUGGGAGCCAGGCCUGCGCACAUGCGCAGCAUGACCUCCCCCGACAAAAUGUCUGCGUACAGGGCGGGUUUCGGCCCAGAGGGUGGGAAGCAGGCUGGCAUCCACCCCGCAGAUCCCAGAGCCCCGCGGGGACCUGCGCUAGGCCUUGAAAGGGGGGCCCCCUGCGGCGGCAGGGGCGGGUUCCUGGACCCCCGGGGCUUUGAGUCCAAGCGGGAAGUGAUGGAGGUGGGAGGGCCCAUGCUUUGGGGCCGUGAAGGUCGACCUGGCUCCCCGGCCGACGACAAGGGAGAAGCUCUGCACUUCGCAUUCCACCUCGCUGACGAGUCUGUAGCGGCAGCCAUCACGCAGCAGCAGCUGAGUGUCCAGGGUACCCCAGGUGGGCGCAGAAAGCCAUUCCCAGAGAGCUACGCCUCUGAGGGCUCGGUCGAGUGGCCAGGCCCAGAGGCAGGGCCCGGUGGUGGGGGUGUGCUUGCCCUUGGCUGUGUGAAAUCGCAGGCAGCUUCUGCCACCCUGCUCCAGCUGGAUGCGUUCAAUGAGCCCUGGGCCUGGGAGAGGUUGUCUAAGAGAGGCAGGAAGGGCCAGACUGGGCCGCCUUUGGACCCCAACUCAGCAGAUGAGUUGGGUGAGAUCCAGCUGAUGAGGAUGAGCCUUUACCCCAAAGAAGGAGGGCAGGCCAAGCCCAGCAGCCCCGAGGUUUCCAGGAACACACCCAGACGCUCGAAUUUACACCUCAGCGAGAAUUUCUCUCAUGUGCCAGGCUCUGUCCUGUCCUCAGCUCCCCGAGGGUUGACUUCAGCUGUGGAAAGGCAGGCUCUUGGCCAGCUGGACAUCUCUUCCGCUAAGAAAAUGCAGAGUGUGUUCUGGGAGAAGGUGGGGAGCAGGCCCAGCUACCCUGGAGCAGAAGUGGGAACUGCUGUUGGCGCAGCCAGCACAGGUGGCCUGUACCAGGCCACUCCUACGGAGACGGUGGCCCAGGAGAAGAAAUCCCCAGAGGAUGUCUCCAAAGGUACCCUGGGGAAAACCUUCCCUUCCUGGGGCCAGAGAGUCCCAGCAGCUCCCCUGGAGGCAGCCACCUUCCCCCCAGUCUCUGGGGUUCCACUGCCUGGGAAGUCCAAGAGGUAUUCGUUGGUCCGCUUGUUCGCCAAACACUCCAAGCACAGGGGUGCUGGGAAGAAUUCUGUGGCCAGGAGGACACGAGAGUUUGAGCUGCUGGUGGGAAGAGAUAACAAUCCAGAUGGAGACCCAGUCCCAAAGGGCCAACCUCCAACACCCAGUCCAGGGCCAUGUUGUCUGUGUAUGCAUCGUGGAGAAUGCCACAUUGGCAACCUGGACACCAGAGCCCCCCAGGUUCCAGGAAACUCACAGCCCUUGACCCCGAUCCAGGAAGACAUCAUGCCCAGAGGACCAGCACCCUCUGGUGACCAGGAACCACUUGACGUCUCCCCAAGACCAGAAAGGCAGCAGCAACCUGCUGGAGCACAGGGAUGUUGUCAGGUUGAGCCCAGCGUCUUUGUACAAGAGGAGCAGCUGGUCGCUGUGGAGCCCAGGAGCUGUGGCCAAGUCUCAGUGUUCUUGCACAGCCCCGGCAAAUACACCCACGACACAGAUGUUCCUGGAAAUGCUAUUUCGGUGUCCGAACUCAAUCUUCCAGAGGCCUCUCUAGGUCACAUGAGACUAAAUCUGAACUCUGUGUUUGAUUUCCCUGUUGCUCGCGUUUGGGGACCACCACCUUCCUUCAGCCAGGACCCAGGGCUAAGGCUUCAGUACAAGAGGGGCCUCUACCAGUCUCCUCUGGCUCCACUGCCGCCGGUGUGUGCGAGCCGUACCCGGGCUGUUCGGUUGCCGCUGCUACGGGAUCACACAAGCCUCUCCUGGUCUCCUCUGGUGCCGUUGGUGCACCCGAUCUGCUCCCUGUCCCUUCCGGAUGCAGCCACCCCUGGAAAAAGCUACCAAUCUCCUGCUACUGGGCCGGUGUUUCGGAGUCCACAGCAGUUGGAGGAACAACUGGCAGGCUGCUUAGUGCUGUGA